AUGUCGCCCGACCAACUCACCCACCUCCUCCAGAACUUCUCUCUGUACGUCGACUUCUCGCCAAGUCUCCACUAUGCUCUCGCUACCAUUGUCUUCAACCCAGUGUUCUGGAACAUUGUUGCCAGACUCCAACACAGAACUCACUUCUUGAGUGCUGCCGUGGGUGGAGCUUAUAGAGGCUGCUACCUCUUGGCACUCACCAUCUUCUCGUUGGGUAUUUACCGUGACCACGUCUACCACCAGGCUUUGCUCGAACAACCCACAUAUGCUCCAUUGGUGGAAUCUCCCCUUGUCCAGGCCUUGGCCGUGGUGACCUUCUCUUUUGGUAACAUCCUUGUGUUGUCGUCCAUGUGGGCAUUGGGUGUGACCGGAACCUACUUGGGUGACUACUUUGGUAUUUUGAUGAAGGAGAGAGUCACCUCGUUUCCAUUCAACAUCAACGAUAAUCCCAUGUACAACGGCCUGACUUUGUGUUUCUUGGGCACUGCUUUGUGGUACGGUAAGCCUACCGGAAUCUUGGUUUCUUUGUUCGUGUUUGUAAUGUACCGCGUUGCAUUGUUGUUCGAGGAGCCAUAUACUGCCAAGAUCUAUGCUGCUAAGGAUAUGAAGGCUUAG